CUCGGUCUCCAGCCGCCUACCAAGACACAAGCGCCGUCUUUAGUUGCUUCUUUGUUAAGGGCACCCCCGACCUGUUACACCUCUGUAUCUUCGACAUCGUUCCUACUGCCACAACUCCGUCUGCUUCUACAGAACAUUCCAAUCAUAAAUCGUGUUGAAAGCCCAGCAUGGCUAUAACCCCGGCCAGUUCCCCGACGCGUCCUCGUUGAUCCCAUAACCCACCUACCCAUAUCUACGUCGAAAUGUCCACAUCCGUCAUGUCCAACCAAAUGGACAAAACACCCACUUCUGCUCGAUCGAUUCUCGCCCAACAACUCGAGCAAGAAUUCCAAGAAGGUGAACGAACUCCUCGAUCCUUUAGAACCUCGGAACGGUCAUCUCCCAAACCUCGAUCCCUCUCAGAUGCACCAAAGCCUGCCCUCUCACCCUCACCUGCCUUUCGAGAACCUCAGCGACGAGUGUCCAAAGAUGACACGGCAAUUGCCGAACCCGUCACCCCCUUGCGAGCGUCCUUCCAUGCUCGAGGCCUCUCCCUCCACAUGCCAUCGAAAGACACACUUGAAGAUACCACCAGUCCUGUUUCCCGCAUACCCUUAUCUCCAAAGCUGGAUUCUUCCCAUAUCUAUGGUUCACCUGCAUCUAUGCUCCCCAGGAGAUCACGGGGUCUAGACUACACUCGAGCAUGUACCAAUUUACACCAUUCCACCCUGGCUGAGGCCUCCCCUGACGCUUCUCCCAUUACUGGCCGAGGAAUCACAAUCCCAGGACGGAGGAGUUUUGCCAACAAUGUUCUAGACUCACCCAGCAACCCCUCCAACGGGUUAUGGGGCUUGUCCAACGACCGAACCACACUUUCGAGCUCAGUCAGUAGUGUCAACAUGCUCGGAUCGGAUUCGGACUCUGACUCGGAUUCUUCGUCUGAUGGAAUGGCCAUAGAUCGAGAAAUGGAUGAUCCCGUUCUCAAUACUCCUGCAGUGUCCCGGUUGAGUGGUGGAUUGGUGCCAGCCUUAGCCAAUAGUCCUGGCAUGGAAUGGCUCAACAAUCAACCUUCACCAGCUCAAGCAAGUCUGAUGAGUUUUCAACCUCAUCUCAUGAGCUUUAGGCGAGCUCGGACACGCAAAGGCAAAAGCCAACACAGUUCGAGCAGCGUAAGUAUGAAUAGCUCCAAGCCGUCCCCUGGACCUCUAUCUCCUGGUAUUCUAAAGAGUGUCGAAAACGGGGGAAAUGGCUACUUUGGCUCAGGACUCACAAGGCAACAAGUCCAGUCACGGCGAGAAAGUCUGAGUCUAGGGACAAACGACUUGAAUUUGUCCGACAGCGAAGACAAUGCACCCCACAAAUCCAACGCUGGCCAAUCAUUAUCAGACAUGGACGCUGAAGGACCCAGAGGGGUGAUCCGACGAGCAGUUACCAGACGAGGCAAUCUCUUACCAAAAACCAAAGGAUUUGCUCGAAUUCGUGCAGCAUUGUUGGAAGAAUCAGCUCCGAUUGAAAGUGAAGCCCGUCGAGAAGCAGAGAUUGUUCGUCAAGUCCAUGAGAAUGAUCCCACCUCCUCCCAAGUCACCUCACCAGUGCUACAGUCCAGUGGAGGGGGGACAUUGGACCCAGUCGAGGAUUCCAUUGAAGACAUCAGUAUGAGCUUGAAGACCUCGCUGCCGCCUGAUAGCUUCAGCCGACAAGCUGAGAAGAAUGGAGCGGGACUAGGAUUUUGGGAUGCAUUUGAUGACCGAUAUCGAACACCUCCGCCGACAUUGGUCCCUAGGGAGAGCUCGUCGGCGAUCAGUGAUGAAGCGAUGGACACUCCUGGAUCUUCAUUGGACAACCCUGCGCUCCGACAUUUCAACCGAUCCCGGUCCAGAUCAACAACACCACUCGCGGCUUACCCUCCCACGGCAGGCGACAUUGCGAGACGAGUUAACAACAAACGGCGGCGAGACGAUGAGUUUGAUCCUUACUUUGUCAAAAGAAGAGCAGUUUCACCUGGGCUGAGUGUGCAGAGCAGUCCUGUUUUGCCACAGAGUCCAGUGUUGACCAACGACAAAUCAUGGUCUAAGCUGCCCAACAAGGCCAAUGGCCACGGGCAUGGACACGGGGACCGAAGUAACAGCGGAAGCAGCAUUGCAGGCAGUAAAAAGGUUGGGCUACAAGGCAUGAACGAAACCAACGAUGGGAUCAUGAGCAUGAGCAUUGAUUGAACGAUUCGAAAGCGAGGCGCUCUGGUAUAGAAUUUGAGGUUUGGUCGCCUUGACCAGUUUGGAAUUAUACUUAUUUUUGCUCUGGUGGUCCUUGGAAUGACCUUUUAUGAUGAAAGAAUGACCAUUCUGAUUUUGAAGUCCU